AUGGCACUCGAUGCUGCAGCCGCUGUGGUUUCGCUGAGGAGUUUGCUUUCCCAAUGCGGCUUGGACGUACCAUCAGAUCUGUCGAAGGUGCACAAGGUGCUACGCCGGCUCAUGCAGCAAGGCAAAAUCCGUGCUCGAGAAGGACGGCGAUGGGAGUGGGCAGCAGACGAUGCAGAGUUGCCCACAGUGCAGCAACUUCUCCAGCAAGAGCUUGGACGUUGUCCGGUCAGCAAUAGUGCUCUUCCAUUGCAGGCAUUCACAGCCAAAACCGAUGAUGGACGCGAGACAGCCGUGAAAUCCCGGAGCACCAAAGGCAUGGAGGCCUCUGAGCGUCCGGACAGGGGCACUUUGAAGCGCAAGCGAGCGCCGGCCUCGGGAUACCUUCUGUUCGUGAACGAGCACUUCGCCAAAGUUCGGAGAGAGCAAGGUGGGCAAAACAGCCCUGGUGGCGUAGUCCCGUCAAACUUCAGCGAGAUUGCCAAGGAUGCCGCAGCUCGGUGGCGGGCACUGCCACGGCACGAGCAAGCAGAGUACUGCAGCCGCGCGGCCGCGGCUCGGGCGGCUUCGGAAAGGGCCGAAGAGUCGCCAGGCAGGGGUCCUGCUCCGAAGCCUACAGGCAGACAUGCCAGUGCCAACGCGCCGAUGUUGUCGGUGAAGCGGAAAUGGUUGGAGCACCAGCUUCUGCGGGCAGAUGAAAAGUUGAAGCAGCAAUGGGAAGCACUAUCGGCGGACGAGGUCACUUCUCAACUGUUGGCUUGGAGAGUUCGUCCACUCUCAGGCACCGAUGAGUUCAAGCAACGUCUCGGCUCUACUUUGGACGAGCUCAUCUGCAAGCGAAUGGCAGACCUACCAUUCGCAGGCGACGUGGAGUCGAGAUCGUUGCUUGCCGAGCUCGGGUUUGCCAAAGCCCAUUUGCCGCAUCCCGCGGCCAUUUUUCUGGAGUGGGAGGCGCCAGCAUGUUGCACAGAACAGACGGAAGAAGCCGCAAUCCAGGGCCUCAGAAGGUUUCGGAGCAUGCCACCGGUUCAGACAGCAGCCUGGUGGUCCGUGGUAGCCUCUCGUGCUCGCCGACAGCAGGAAGCUCUCAGAAAUGUCCUCUGCAACGACGUCGGCCUUGUGGAAGCAGUGCACUUCAAGGAAGCCGACUUUGAGCGCUCCGGCUUCGAUGCUUUUCGAGAUGCGCAAGUCAAGCGGGGGACGGAGCCCCUCACGUUGCCAGGCCUGCAGAUUGUGGAUCCACUUUGGGAGCUCGUCCAGGAGGAAGAGUUCUUGAGCUUGGAGCAGGCCCGUGCCUGGUCCCAAAAGCGCUACAGCCAUCCUCGUGACAAGGACUCUCCUGCGCAGCUUCAGCUGCGCCAAGCUCUCCGGGAGUACAACACCCGGUAUGCGUUUGACCCGGAGCAAGGGCAGAAGGGUGGAGUCGGGAACAUUGACGAGGAGAUCGAGAGAUACCGGAAGUAUGCUGAUAUGUUACGAACGCAAAUCGUGGAUUCGGUCACGUUCAUGCACCAAGACAUAGUGCAGGGCUGCAAGGUCUUGGUAGAGGGUGCCAAUGCAGCCCUGCUCGAUAUCGACUUUGGCACUUACCCGUUCGUCACAUCAUCCAACACAACGGUUGGAAGCGUGUGCACAGGACUGGGGGUGCCGCCAAAAGCGGUGGAUACGGUCAUUGGAGUGGUUAAGGCCUACACAACUCGAGUUGGGCACGGACCUUUCCCAACAGAGUUACAGAACGAGAUGCAGUCUCUGGAGGACUACACUGAAACCUACAUUGGCCCAGAUGCCAGGUACGAACGCAAGGGCCAUGCAGGUGGCCCCUUCGACCUGAAGUCUGGCCAGCCGGUGAAGGUUGGCAUGAUGCUACAGGAGGUGGGCGCAGAAUACGGGACCACCACCGGCCGAAGGCGGAGGUGCGGUUGGCUGGAUUUGGCUUUAGUCAAGUAUUCGGCCAUGGUUAACGGCUUUGACAGUCUCAACAUUACCAAGCUGGAUGUUCUCACUGGUCUCAAGCAGAUUCGGGUUGCUAUCGCCUACAGGAACAGACGCAUGACUGAAGUACGCCUGCCAUCCGGAUACUUUCCUUCACACUUGGAUGAUCUCAAGGAAGUCGUCUGUGAGUACGAAACUCUCCAGGGCUGGUCGGAAGAUAUUUCCAAGUGCACCAGAUGGGAGGAUCUUCCAGAGAACGCCAAAAAGUAUGUCCUCAGGAUCCAAGAACUGUUGGGCAUUCCGGUUUCCUGGGUUGGAGUCGGCCCGGAUCGAUCCAGCAUGUUGAAGCUUCCAAUGAAGAAGCGCAUUAUGCUGCCCGUGCUGCCGUGA